UACCCCAAUAUUGAGACGUCUCCAAAUCACCAAAUAAAUAAACAAGUGGUAUGUAAAUCUAUAGAAAGAGAGGAAGACAGAUGUUGAAGACGUUGAGUUUGAGCUGGGCCUUCAAUUCGAUGGCUUGGAGAGGAUUGCUGUACACAGUUUUCAUACUCCAUUUCGUUUUGGUUUGUCAGCUUCUGCUUCUUCAACCUCUCGUUUCUGCUUUGGGUGGAAAGCCAGGAAAUGCUGCUGAGUUAUUUGAGAGUGUUUCACAGAAUAUAAAAGUGAAGCGUUACAGUGAGGCACUCAAUGAUCUUAAUGCUGCUAUUGAGACAGAUCCAGCACUUUCAGAAGCAUAUUUUCACCGUGCAUCCAUCCUGCGACAACUAUGCCGAUAUGAGGAAUCUGAGAAAAGCUACAAAAAGUUUCUGGAAUUAAAACCUGGAAAUUCAGUUGGUGAAAAGGAACUGUCUCAAUUGCGUCAGGCUCAAAGUGCUCUGGAAACAGCUUUCAGUCUCUUUGACUCUAGAGACCAUACAAAAGCUCUGGAAUACCUGGACAGAGUUGUGCUAGUUUUUUCACCGGCAUGCUCAAAGGCUAAGAUCCUGAAGGCGAAGUUGCUGUUAGCAGCUAAAGAUUAUUCUAGUGUCAUAUCAGAAACUGGGUUUAUUCUCAAGGAAGAUGAGAACAAUCUUGAGGCCUUACUCCUUCGAGGUCAAGCAUACUACUAUUUAGCAGAUCAUGAUGUUGCUCAAAGGCAUUACCAGAAAGGUCUCCGCCUUGAUCCAGAGCACAGUGAACUGAAGAAAGCAUAUUUUGGAUUGAAAAAUUUACUGAAGAAGACUAAAAGUGCGGAGGAUAAUGUAAACAAGGGUAAGCUGCGCCUUGCAGUCGAGGACUAUAAAGGUGCACUUGCAUUGGAUCCCAAUCAUCUUGCUCAUAAUGUGCAUCUUCACCUUGGUUUAUGUAAGGUCUUGGUUAAGCUUGGCAGAGGGAAAGAUGCUUCAAGUAGUUGCUCCGAGGCACUUAACAUUGAUGGGGAACUCCUUGAAGCUUUAGUACAGAGGGGUGAGGCUAAACUUUUAACAGAAGAUUGGGAAGGUGCUGUGGAUGAUCUGAAAUCAGCGGCUCAAAAAUCACCUCAGGACAUGAAUAUCCGUGAAGCACUUAUGAGAGCUGAGAAAGCUUUGAAGAUGAGCAAACGUAAAGACUGGUACAAGAUUUUAGGGGUUUCAAAGACUUCUUCAGUUGCUGAAAUUAAACGUGCAUACAAGAAGCUUGCUUUGCAAUGGCACCCAGAUAAGAAUGUUGAUAACAGAGAAGAAGCUGAGGCACAAUUCCGGGAAAUUGCUGCCGCAUAUGAGGUUCUUGGGGAUGAUGAAAAGAGAGCAAAGUAUGACAGGGGAGAAGAUAUCGAAGACAUGGGAAUGGGGGGUGGUGGUUUCAACCCAUUUGGUGGUGGUGGUGGUGGGGGACAGCAGUUCACGUUUACAUUUGAUGGAGGGUUUCCCGGAGGCUUUGGAGGUGGUGGAUUUGGUUUCAACUUUUGAUACCUUACCAUAUGGGUUAUAAAGAGAUUACAUUAUCAAUCUUGAGCGUUAACACCAUGACUUUUCCUGACAUCUUCCAGCAGUAUGUAACUUUUUUACAUCCACUAUAACUGGUUUGUUCUUACAAGAAAGAAUUGAUCCCCUUAACAAA